AUGGGUCCAAAGACAUUUAAUUUGUUGCGUGACCUGCUGCAGCCCACCAAACCGGGGACCAAAACCUAUGCAGAAACAGUGGAUGUUCUGACCCAGCAUUUUUCACCCAAACCAUUAAUGCUCGCAGAAAGGUUUAGAUUCCACAGACGCAAUCAAGAAGAGGGGGAAUCUGUUACCAUGUUUGUUGCAGCGCUGAGGAAAUUAGCUGAACAUUGUGAAUUUGGACAAGGUUUAAAUGACGCAUUAAGAGACAGAUUGGUCCUCGGACUGAGAAAUGAAGCCGCUCAGAGGAAACUGCUGACCGAAAGUAACCCAACGUUGCAGAAAGUCAUUGAAAUAAGUGUCGCCAUGGAAAUGGCCUCAAAAGAGGCUCACCAAAUGAACGCUACAGGCGGAGUGCAUACAGUUCAAACGGAUAGACCUAGUGGACAAGGGACAUGUUUCCGUUGUGGAAAAUCAGGACACCUAGCCACGUCAUGCUGGUGUAAGGAUAUGGACUGUCGCAGUUGUGGAAAAAGAGGCCAUAUCGAGCGGGCCUGCUUAAGAAAAAAGAACAAGGAGAAAACAUCAAAGUCUGCCAACAUACAUGACUCUGUGAAGAACAGGAGAAAAACACAGGUGCACACUGUGAGACAAAGGGAGACUGUGUCCAGCGAUUCUUCAGAAGGAGAACAGGAGAUGAGUGUACACACACUGAAUAUAAUGAAGAUGGAUGAAGAUUCUGAGGGUUACUGGGUGGAGCCCAUGCUGGAGGGGCACCCAGUGAGUAUGCAAAUAGACACUGGUUCAAAAGCAUCCAUCAUCUCAGAUGGGGUUUACAAAAAAGUUUUGAGACACCUUCCGCUGCGACAGUCUGAUACUAGGUUCAAAACCUAUCUAGGGGAACCUGUACCCAUGGCAGGAAUGACUGAUGUCAUGGUCCAGAGUAACAAUCAGGUGAGGAAGCUUCCCAUCUAUAUUGUUAAAGGUGAUUACCCGGCUAUUCUGGGACGUGUGUGGCUAGAGAAAAUGAAGCUAAGCUGGCACACUGUAAAAAUGGUAUCACCAACGGCUACUAGUCUAGCUGCUAUUUUGAGGAAACAUGAUGAGGUUUUCCGGAAGGAGUUGGGCAGUAUGAAGGACAUUACUGUAAAGCUAAACAUUAAACCGGAAACAACACCAAAGUUUAUGAAGGCCAGGUCGGUACCAUAUGCUAUCCGAUCGAAAGUGGGGGAUGAGUUGGACGCCUUAGUUAAAAGCGGUGUUUUGGAACCGGUGACUGUCAGCGAGUGGGCCACGCCCAUAGUUCCCGUACCCAAGAAGACGGGAGAAAUACGAAUCUGUGGAGAUUUCAAAGUGACACUGAACCCUGUACUGUCAGCAGAACAGUAUCCUCUUCCCCGCAUUGACGAUUUGUUUGCUGGGCUGAGUAAGGGGCAAAAGUUUAGCAAAAUAGACCUUAACCAAGCCUACUUACAAAAGCACGUGCAUGAGGAUUCUAAAGACUUGCUCACCAUAACUACACAAAAGGGGCUUUUCAGAUAUUGUCGACUCCCUUUCGGGAUCACAUCAGCCCCUGCACUUUUCCAACGUGCCAUGGAUCAGAUCCUACAUGGCCUCCCUGGUGUACAGUGCUAUUUGGACGAUAUUCUAUGCACAGGAAGUACGGACCAAGAACAUCUGGACAAUUUGGAUGCUGCUCUUCAAAGGCUGAAAGAGUAUGGGCUCAGGGUUCGCAAAGACAAGUGCGAAUUUUUUCAACUGUCUGUUGAAUAUUUGGGACAUGUAAUUGAUGCCCGAGGGUUGCAUACUGCGCCGUCAAAGGUUCGAGCGAUAGUGGAUGCCCCGCCGCCAGAGAAUGUUAGCCAAUUACGUUCAUUCUUGGGCUUACUAAAUUAUUAUGGCCGUUUUAUACCGAAUUUGUCAUCCAGACUCAAGCCGCUACAUGACUUACUUUGUCAAGGAAAGAAGUGGAAUUGGAGUGAUGCCUGUCAAGAGGUUUUUCAGAAAACAAAGGAGACAUUAGUGACGUCAGGGGUACUGACCCAUUUCGAUCCAUCACUCCCCAUUCAGUUGGCCUGCGAUGCAUCCCCAUAUGGAGUGGGGGCGGUCAUUUCACAUUUAAUGCCAAACGGGGUAGAGAGGCCUAUAGCAUUUGCAUCACGGACCUUGAACAAAGCAGAGACUAACUAUGCUCAGAUAGAGCGGGAGGCGUUGAGCAUAGUCUAUGGGGUUCGCAAGUUCCAUCAGUACCUGUAUGGGAGACAAUUUACAUUGCUGACAGAUCACCGACCCCUGAUGACCAUCCUGGGGUCGCACACUGGGUUACCCUCACUUGCCGCGAGUCGCAUGCAGCGGUGGGCGUUGCUCUUGUCAGCACACUCGUAUGACAUCAAGUAUCGCAAGGCUGACCUGCACGGCAACGCCGAUGCCCUGUCCAGGUUGCCUCUUCCUAUCACCAGGCCUGAGCCGCGGGCAGCAGAAAUCUUUUACUUCAGUCAAGUGGAUGGUGCGCCAGUUUCUGCUGCUCAUGUGAGGAGGGCCUCUCGCACUGACCCUGUCCUGUCUGCGGUGAUGGACAUGGUGAUGGGGAGUAGAUCAGGUAGCGAUGCCCCCAGUAUUCAACCUUAUCUCUCCAGGAGAGCAGAACUGUCGGUGCAAUCUGGUUGCUUACUGUGGGGGAGGAGGGUGGUUAUCCCGCCAUCAUUGCGUAAAUCAGUUCUGCAACAGCUCCAUGCAGGUCACAGUGGAAUAGUUCGAAUGAAGGAGAUAGCAAGGAGUUACUUCUGGUGGCCAGGAGUGGACAGAGAGAUAGAGACUACCGCCAAAACCUGUUCCUCAUGCCAAGAAGUUAGGAAGGCACCCCAACUAGCUCCUCUACAUCCCUGGGAGUUUCCCGAAGAACCAUGGCAACGGGUGCACAUUGAUUUUGCAGGACCUGUAGAGGGUUGUAUGCUCCUUGUGUGUGUGGACGCCCACAGUAAGUGGCCGGAAGUGGCCAUAAUGAAAACCACUACCACUGCAAAGACUAUUGAGAGGCUGGGGGAGAUUUUCAGCCGGUUCGGUUCUCCUCUUCAGUUGGUCUCAGAUAACGGGCCACAACUGGUGUCACAAGAAAUGACUACCUUCCUUGAAGCAAAUGGCGUACAACACAUUCGAUCUGCACCAUUUCACCCUGCGACCAACGGUCUUGCUGAAAGGUUUGUGCAGACCAUGAAGAAAGCUUUGAAAACAUCUCAAGAGCAGGGAUAA